AUGGCAAUGGGGCGAAUCAAGGAUGGGUAUGCUGUUUUCAUCUUCAUCCCCGUUAAUUUGGGCUUCGGCCCAAUUGGUGGUGGUGUCGUUGUUUUGGGGAGGUUGCUAUUGAGGGAGAUUGGGGUGGGGCCGGACAUCUUGAGAAGAUUGAGGCCGGAAGUGGGGACGGGAAAACAAGGAGGAGAGAUUGCGUGGGGGAGGAAGGUGGCAGGAGGGGUUGGUGGUGGUUGA